GGAUAUAAGUGAGAAUGAACCUGAAAACCAAAGUGAUGAUGAUGAUGAUGAUAUGAGUGGUUUCAUUGUUGAUGACAAUGAAGAUUUGGAAAAUGUUGCUAUCUCCGAUGGUGAUGAUAAUCUAGAACUGGAAUCUGAAGAUGGUGAAUAUGAAGAGAAAUAUGUAGAGAUGGAUGAUGAUGAAUAUCAGCUGAAGAAUUUUGUUGUUGAAAAGAAGUUACUCUCCAGUGAGAAAGUCAUCUCUAGUGUCUGGAAAAGAGAAGGAGAACUGCUGCAUCAGUAUAAAAGACAAGAAACUGAUUGCCAUGGUGAUGACCUUGAUGAUGGUGAUGAAGAGCUAGAUAUCUUUGAAAGAACUGAUGAAACUGCAGAUUAUAGAACGAAAGGCAGGAAUCAAUAUCGACCUAUCACUGUUCAGUGGCUACAUGACAAGGAAAGAGAAGAGAAUACCGCCAUUCAAGUGAUAUCUUGGGACCCUCCAAUAUCAGUGGAAGUCACUGAUGAGUUAUUGCCAG